CCUUUGCCGCGGUUGCACGUUAUAUUUUCGUUGAUUUGUAUCCCCACCACGCGAUAAAUGGCGCCCAAAGUGGGACUUCUUCAUCUCGGAUGAUCUGUGACAGUACACGGCCGCGCCACGACUACACAUGCUGACGAUAUGGAUACAGUAUGGCCGCGGCACAUUGGCUCAACUCGCUCGGAUGCCUCUCGCUGUCGCUGCUAUGUCUUCUCGCUACUACCCUUCAAGUCACAAGCGUGCGCGCGGGAGAGACCUCCGAGAUCUCAAGUGUGGCGCCGCUUGCCGAACCCACGCCUACUAAAUUUCCAAAGUGCGACCGCACGUUCGUGAGCCGCGGCGGCACCAGCAACGGCACGUUCAGCGCGCCGGAGCUGCUGAACCCGUACAACCAGAGUCGCCAGUGUCUGUACACGUUCCUCGCGGCGCCGGGGCAGCGCGUGCUCGUCGAGUUCCGCACCUUCGACCUGAGGGGCAAGCCGCCAGAUGGAUCAGCAUUGGGAGAGCUUCCAGCAUGCAUGCACGAGUACAUGGACAUAUACUCCGAGAUGGCGUCCCUGGAGACGGGCGAGUUGGUCAACUCGGCGUUCGGCGGGCGGUACUGCGGGCCGAUCCCGCCGCGCGCCCGCGUGUCCCUGCACCGGGCGGUCGCGCUCGCCUUCUUCACGGACCACACGUACACGCCGCCAACGCUCUUCUACGGCACUUAUCGGUUUAUCAACGCGACGGAAUUCGAAGUGGGCACGCCCAUACCCAACACGCUGUGCUCCUUCGUGAUCGAAGCGAGCAAGCGCAAGACGGGGCUGCUCCUCUCACCCACGUACCCGGGCAUCUACCCGAAGGACAUCACGUGCAACUACCAGUUCGUGGGCCAGCCCGGCCAGCGGAUACGACUCGAGUUCCGCGACUUCGAUCUAUUUUUCGGCGGGCCACAUUGCCCGUUCGACUGGGUGCGCGUGUACGACGGGCCCGACAACACGUCCGCGAUCAUCGGCACGUACUGCGGCCAGCAGCGCAACCUCGUGCUGUACUCCAGCGACGAACGGUUACUCGUCACGUUCUUCACGCUGCCCAGAGCCGCUAACACACAGAAUAGAGGCUUUAAAGGAAUAUUUGAGUUCUCCGAGAGUUUUGUUAAAUUAGAUUUUAUAAGUAAACAUGAUGCUGAGCAUAUUAGAGGCUCAGAGUGUGAUCAGAAAAUUCUUAGUAAAAAGGAAUCGUCAGGAUUCGUGUACCAUCCAAAUUAUCCAUUCCCUUAUAUACAAAAAGUUGUUUGUAGAUAUUUUAUAUACGGUAUGCAAGAUUCCCAAAAUUUGGAACGGGUGCGGCUAGAGUUCCAAAAUUUUUCUAUACCAAAAGGCGAUAACCCGAAGCCAGACACGUGCCCCGACGGCUACCUCAAGGUAUACCUCCGUGGGCAGGAAGCCACCGACUCGUACGAUAAACACGAUGCGGAGCUGUGUGGUGACGGUGAAGGUGCUCCGCCCUUCCCACCACCACUACUGUCUGAUGGACCGCGUCUUGUGCUCGUGUUCAGUUCUGGUGAACUGCAGGGCAGGGGGUUCAAAGCGAAGUACACGUUUGAGACUGAAUACCGAGUCCCCGGCACGGCAGCACCAGGCGGUGAAUGCGCGUUCACCUACCGCUCAGAAGCGAAGAAACGGGGCGAGUUCAACUCCCCGCGCUACCCCUCCAACUACCCCUCGCACACCAACUGCACGUAUACGCUCGUAGCGACCCCCAAUGAACAGGUCACUGUGGUGUUCGACCAUUUUAAAGUGAGGGCUGAUGCGUGGAACGCGACCGCUGGAUUGUAUGGCGGUGCAACCUGCAGCGAGGACUGGGUGGAAGCGUGGUGGACGGGCCGCGAGGGCAGCCGCGUGCCGCUGGGCCGCUGGUGCGGGCUCGCCACGCCCGGCCCGCUGCAGUCCCCGCGCGGCGCGCUCGGCCUGCUCAUCGCGCUGCACACCGACGCGGACAGCGUGGCGUCCGGCUUCAAGGCCAGAUAUGUGUUCGAGCCCGCCAAGUCAAUAUUCGGUGACUGCGGCGGCAACGUAUCGGGCUCCCCGUGGGGCGUAGUGUCGUCCCCGCGGUACCCGCUACCGUACGAGGCGCCCGCACGUGGUGCAGCAUCACGCGUAUGCAACUGGUUCAUCACGGCCAAACCGGGACGCCGGCUACUGCUCAACUUCGAUCACUUCGCUGUGGAGGGACAUCUAACAGAGCGUGGUUGCCCAGCGGCAGUACUUCGCCUGUGGUACGAGAGCCCGGGCCCACCACUCGAGCUGUGCGGCGAGAAGGCGCCCGGCGACCGCUGGCAGUACCUCUCCUCGUCUAACUCCAUCAGAUUGUCGUUCAUAAUAGCGGACAAGUCGGUGGGCGCGGCGGGUUGGCGCGCGGUGUGGACCGAGGUGACGGUGGGCGUGGGCGAGAGCUGCCCCGACGCGUGCGGCGGCGCCUGCCUGCCGCCCGCCGCGCUCUGCUCCGCGCUGCCGCACUGCGCCGGCAUGCCCAAGUCGCCUCGAUGCGUUGCGGCGUCGGGCCAGGCCGCGCCGCGCGCCGUGCUUGUCGUCCUUUCGCUUGUGCUCGCCGCCCCGCACUGACCGGGCGCUGCACACGCGGCAGCGCGCGCGCGGCGUCGGGCGGGUGGGGCGGGUCGGG